UCCUCAACUCCACGAAUUGAAACACUUGUCUGCUCUCUCUGUUUGUUGUUCAUAUUUCUGCAUUUGUAUUCAUCUGAGCUCUUUUAAGCUCUAUUUUGUACUAUGGAAGACGACGAUUUCUUAGAAAAUGAAGAUGAUGCUUUAGAAACCAGUUUUAAACUCGCCACUGAUUUUGUUACUGAAAAUGCCUCUGUCAUGCAGCAAGACGAUCUGCUAUUUCUCUACGGCAGAUACAAACAGGCUACAGUUGGUGUCUGCAAUGAACCGAUGCCGGGUAUUUUAAAAUUUAAGAGCCGUAGUAAAUGGUCAGCAUGGCACGAGUUAGGAAAUAUGACCAAAGAAGAAGCGAUGAAGCAAUAUAUAAAAAAAGUGAGCCAAAUUUCACCUGACUGGGAUGCAGCUAGCCGGAAAGAGAGCCGAAAAAAGUCUCAUUUCGGGCCCGUAAAUAGCACUUGUCAAAAAACAGAUGUCGAUCUCAAUGAAGAUGCAAAAACUGUCUUUGAUUUUGUGAAGGAGGGUAAUUUGAACCGAAUUAAGGAAUUAAUUUCGUCCAAAUCGUCUUUAAAAGAUUGCUGUGAUGAAGGUGGUUUAUCUUUGUUACACUGGGCUUGUGAUCGUGGACAAACUGAAAUUGCUGAAUUUCUGAUAUCUGAGGGAACAGAUAUCAACUUUCAAGAUAAAGAUGGACAAACGCCAUUGCAUUAUGCCUCGUCUUGCGGGCAUGAAGAAGUGAUAAAUUUAUUGUUAAAGAAAGGAGCCGUUACUAAUAUAUAUGAUGCAGAUGGUUUAACCCCUGCUGAUGUCGCCUAUAGUACAACAGUAAAGGAGCUUUUAAUGACAAAUCAUGUUUAAAGUUGUGAAAUCUAAGAUUACCUUAAAGUAAAAUUAUUCUUUGAUUUUCCUUGAUUGUAUGCAUGUACCUACAAAUUUUACUGCGUGAGCAAAUAAUGCAGGUUGCUAUUUUUUUUGAAACUUAAUUGAUUAAUUAUGAAUUAGUUUUGUGACUACAUGCUGAACCAUAACUGUUUUUCAAAAUAAAAUAAAAAUAAUUGUAUAUUUGUAUACAUUUAUAAUUUCCCUGUUUAAUUUUAUUUUAUUAACUGAUUGGAUGACAUUUUUUGUAUUGAAAAUAUAUUGCUGUAUUUUGAUUUAAGGAAGAAUUUGUAGUACAUUUAAGAUGUUUGUGGAUUUCAAAUAAUUUUUUAUGGAAUUAUAAUAUGAAUGAUAUGUAUGUAAAUCUAUGAAUGAUAGUAGUUUCUAUGUUUAAAAUAUGAUAACUUUGCAUGGAUGUUUAUUGAUGUGAAAAAUAUGUUCAUGAGGAAAUCUGUUAAGUGGUUAAAAUCUUGGCAGCUUUCUGUGUUUCAAUGUUGCUAUAAACAAUAAUAAGUGUAUCAUAUAUGUACUCAGCACAUUAUGAAAUUUUUUUAUACAAAUAGGAAAUAUUCCUAAAUUAUGAAUAUAUUAUCUGUGAAAAAUCUCAGUUUAAUAAUUAACAUAUUUUUAAUAAUAAUUAACACAUAUAUGUUUAAUAAUUAACAUAUAUGUGAUUUUAUAUAUUUUUAUUGAAUAUGAAAACCAUAUUUAAAUUAUUCAUCAUCAAAAAAAUUUAAUUUAAAGUGUAUAUUGCAAAAAAUAAUUUUCUUUAACUAUUAUUAUAAUUUAUUUUGGGGAAAUGCUGCAUUUUUUAAAUAAAUGACAAGGUUUUUGAAAACAGCUUAUAUAUCUCAAAACUGAUGUUUUGAAAUUAAUUUCUUAUUGAACUGUAACUAAUUAUAUCUAGAUGUCUUGAAACUGAUAAAUUUUAUGUUUUGCUCUUUGAUGUCGUUACAAGAAAUGUCAAUAAAAUUUUAACAGAAUUAAUGGAGAGAAGAAAAGAAAUUAAAUCAAAGCUUCUGUAUUUCAAUUUAUCUGAAGAAUUUGAACAGGUAUCAUGCUCUAAAAAAUAUUUAAUUCCAAUUGUUCUCUAGUUUGGAAGAUACAUUUGGCAAUUUGAAAAGAAAUAUUUUAAAAUUCUUUUUUGAUGGAUUUAUUUAUUCAUUAUAUAUAUUAAGAAACUGGUUAAGUUUAUGUUUUAAAAUUUUGAUAAUACUUAUACAUUCUAUAAAUGAGAAAUAUCAUUUUGGAUAUGUCACUUUGACUUGGGAAUACAUGAAUGCAAAUAUAUGGCUGGGAUAAAAACAA